AUGGAUAAGCAGCGUCUAUGCGUCGCUGCUAAUGGUGUGGCCGGUAGUCAUCUCACUGAUACAAGGCGUGGUGACUGCGUUCACACUCAACUUGAUGACAUGUCGCCCUGGUUUGUUGUGGACCUGCUGGGACAAUACAACGUCCACAGCGUCACCAUCUACAACAGAGGAGACUGUUGUGGGGACAGACUCCAUGACUUUGUAAUCGAGGUGUAUGUACGAAAUCCAUCCCGAUGUCCAUCAGCAGCUUUCUCCCUCUGUAAGAACUACACUGGCACGUUUGGAUCCAUUGAGAAUGUUGUGUGUGAUGCUCCGGUCUUCGGGAGGUUCGUCAGGCUAUGGAAACCCACAGUCAGAAAUGAACAUGAUAUCCUCAGCUUCUGUGAACUUGAAGUGUAUGGAGUGGAGACAGAUUGUCGGGGGUUAAGUUUCCAUAUUGCAUCAGCAACACGACUCGUCUCCUCUGCCAUCGUAUCAUCAACUGCCUCGUCCCGAGUGUCCUGUGUGCAGCAGUGCAUGUUGCCUGGAGCCUGUGUUGGUGUCAACUACAACAGUGGAACACGUGAGUGUGAGCUCCUCCUCCGACCUGAGCCCAAUGACACAGUCUCCACCGAUCCGGGCUGGGUCUACUAUGGAGAUGAUCUGUGUUGAACUGAUAUGGCCGCCAUGAUCUAGUCUGGGUCUACUAUGGAGAUGAUCUGUGUUGAACUGACUCUGUCGCCCUGAUCUAGUCUGGGUCUACUAUGGAGAUGAUC